AUGGCGGCGGAGGGGGGCCGGGUGCAGAUCUCCUUCCCCCAGCACGCGGCGGCGCUGCUGGACUCCCUCAACCGCCUGCGGCUGGAGGGGAAGUUCUGCGACGUGGCCGUUCACGUGGGCGGCCGGAUCUUCCCGGCCCACAAGAGCGUCCUGGCCGCCGCGUCCCCCUUCUUCCACGACAAGCUGCUUCUGCAGGAUGGGGGGCGGUUGCUGUUGCCCCCCGCCAUCGAUCCCGACGCCUUCGAGGGGCUCCUGCACCUCAUCUACUCGGGGCGUUUGACGUUGCUGUUGGAGGCCCUGCCCGGGCAUCUCUUGGUGGCCAGCGGUCUCCAGAUGUGGCACGUGGUGGAUCAGUGCUCGGAGAUCCUGAGGGAGUUGGAGGGCGGGGCGUGCCGGUGGGCUGGGCGGGGCAGUGAGGUGACAUCAUCAUCGUCAUCAGCUGGCCGCGGCGGCGAGGCGGCAUCAUCAUGGAUCAGCCGUGGUGGAGAUGGGUCUUCGUCGUCAUCCUGGACCACCCGCGGCGGAGACGGGUCUUCGUGUACCACCCACGGUGGAGAUGGCGCGUCAUCGUGGGCCGCCCGUGGUGAUGGGUCUUCGUGUAGCACCCACGGUGGAGAGGGAGGAUCCUCGUGGACCACCCGUGGUGGAGAUGGGUCAUCGUGUCCCACCCGCGGCGGUGACGGAGCGUCAUCGUGGCCCGCCCGUGGCGGCGAUGGGUCUUCAUCGACCUCGUGGACCACGCGUGGUGGCGACGGCUCAUCGUGUCCCACCCGCGGUGGUGAUGGAGGAUCCUCGUGGUCUACCCGUGGUGGUGAUGGAUCUUCAGCAUCAUCGUGGCCUGUGCGUGGUGGCGAUGGCUCCUCGUGGGCCGCCCGCGGCGGUGAGGCAGCGACGCCGUCUUUCCCCAAGGAGGGGGGCGAGGAGGUCCUCAAAAUCCGCGUGGCCGCCGACGUGGCGCCGGCGGCGACGUCGUCCCUGAGCUCCCUCCUGAAGGACGCCGGCGAGGAGGUCCUCAAGAUUUGUGUGGAGGAGGAGGAGGAAGAAGAAGAAGAGGAGGAGAUCGUGCUGGAGGAGGAGGAGGAGGAAGACGGGGCGCCCGGAGACACCCACGAGCCCCCCAAGAUCUUCUACAUCAAGCAGGAGGCGGGUGACGCUGCCACCGCCGCCAUUGAGGGCCUCCUGCCGGCGGCGGAGUUGGCGGGCGGCUUUGCGCCGGCGGAGGUGAGCUACGUCAUCCCGGCGGGCGGCGGCGGGACGACGGUGACAACCGGCGCCACGAUGGUGACAACCGGCGGGCCGGGCGUCUUCCCGCAGCCAUCUUGGAAGCCGGUGGACCUUCACGGGAACGAGAUCCUGGGCCGAGGUCAAGCCCUCCACGCCCCGGUGAAGCUGGGAGCGGCUCCCGACGGCAAACGUUUCGGUUGCUUGUGCGGUAAACGGUUCGCCGUCAAACCCAAGCGGGAUCGGCACAUCAUGCUGACCUUCAGCCUGCGUCCCUUCGCCUGCGCCGCCUGUCACAAGCGCUUCAAGCUGAAGCAUCACUUGACGGAGCACAUGAAAACCCACGACGGGGCCGGGCGGGCCUGCGAGCGUUGCGGUCGACGCUUCCGCCUGCGGAGCGGCUUGGCCAAACAUCGGCCGCUCUGUCAGGGGGCUCGUUGGGGAGGGGGGUGCUGGGCCUGCGAGUGA